GAAUAAAGUGCCAGGUAUUUGACUUAAACAACGAAUUUUGAUUUUUAAAUUAAAAAAAAGUUAUCUCAUGUUUCAUUUAGCCAGCCAAAUGCCUCACCAGCUAGCAGAGUCAGACACUUAGAGUGCAGAAUUUUUGAACUAAGCUAGACACUCAUUUUAAUCCAUAUUAUCAUUCAGUUUUGACUCUAUAUAAAAUUAUUAGAAUCUUUGUUUAUAAAAAGAAAAAAAUUCUUUAAAAAAAGUGGCAGUGGUGAUGAAGAUAUAGUGCUUAAGGAAAUACCAAUCUAAUUCUGUAUUAUUUAUUUAAUUGACUUUUUGUUCAUUUAAUAUCAUUCCUAAACAAAAAAUUUAGCCACUAAUACCUAAAACUAUAUAAUCGACUCUCUCCAUAGAAUUCACUCAUUGCCAAAUGUGUCUCUUCGACUUGAGCAGCACGUGCCAUCAAGACUGAAAAAAAUUUCCUGCAACAAGUUUAUGUAGAUCAAAAAGUUGCAAUGGAUGUAAAUGGAGAUGAGAAUGCAAAUGCCGGGCGAUGGGAAGUUGUAGAGGUCAUACAAGAUAUGAACACAAAUAGAAAUAUUCAUUCUGAUAUUAUUUGUUCUGAUAGUUUAGGUUCCCAAGAUAAAGUAAAUGCAGAUGAUCCUCCAGCAAUUACAGAUGGUACAGUCACAUAUCGAGUUGUCCAACUUUCGGCAGAUGCUUCUCGUGAGGAUGCUCCGGCUACUCAAAUAGUUACUACAUCUGCAGCAUUGGUUGGAGGACAGCAAGUUGCUCAAGCAAUUAUUGCUAAUCCAUUCAAUACAGCUAAUGGAAAUACCAGUCCUGGAGCAGAGGGUCCUUUUUAUGUUAUGAUGUCACCACAAGAUGUGUUACAAACCGGUCAACGAACUAUAGCACCAAGAACUCACCAGUUUAGCCCAAAAUUAGAAGGUGCUAGAACAGCCAGAGAUGAAAGGCGUAGGGCUACUCAUAAUGAAGUGGAAAGGCGUAGAAGAGAUAAAAUUAAUAAUUGGAUUGUAAAAUUAUCAAAGAUUGUCCCAGACUGUACUUCAGAUCAUACAAAACAAGGACAAUUUUAUUCCCAGAGCAAGGGAGGUAUCCUUGCUAAAGCUUGUGAUUACAUUCAAGAAUUAAGAAACUCAUGUGCCCGUCUGCCUGAUGUGCUGAAAGAAAAUGAACGCCUCAAUAUUGAUUUAGAUAAUCUGCGUCAACAGUAUGAAGAGUUAAAGAAUGAAAACCAAGCACUUAGGGUCCAUAUUCAACAACAAGGUGGAAUAGCUGUUACAACAAUCAAUAGUACAUAGGAUAUGAAAUAUUGCUUGAUGUCUUGACAUCUUUGCCUUCUAAUGAAAAUGAAUUGUUUUAAUUUCCCCAAAUUCAUGAUCACAUAUAUCAUAAACUGCUAAAACUAUAUAUAAAAUAAGCAAAGUGACUGCAGUUUGUAUUAUUGUUAUGACUUUAUAAAACAAAUGCAUUUGUUAUGCAUUAUAUAUAUAAAUAUAUAAAACAUUCAUUAAAACUAUUUUGUAUUCAAUCUGAAAUGUUUAUUGAAAAGGUCACUCUUUCUCUGUUUUGCCCAUAUGUAGAUUAUAUGUAAAUACGGUUGUAGAUCUUUCCAUCAUUGCUUUCACUGAAAGUAAAGGCAUAGAUGUGUAUAAAAGUUAUAUAGAAAGUUAUAUGUUUGUAUUAUAUUUGUUUUAUAUUCAUCUAAGUCAAUCAGAGCAAAAUUUUAUUUAGGAAAGUGCAUUUUUUAAUGAAUUUAAAAGUUAUUAUUAUGUUUUUUCUAUAGUUAAUUUAUAUAUUGUUAUUUUUUAUCUCUUUGAAAAUAUUUGUGUUCUGAUAUGACUAUGCCAAUGAUUGAAACCAAAAAAAUUUGUUUCAAUGAGAUUUAUUCAUUCAUUGCCCUUUUUUUAUAUUAUUAUUUUAUGCUUAUUUUUGAAGUCACUCUUUUAAAAUUUAAAUCUCUACUCAGUUUUUAAACAUAGAUAGCUAAACUUUUCUCAAAUAGACUUCCAGCCAUAUCAGGCUGUUAAAUAACACUUAGACAUCUUUUAAGAAAAGAAACUAUAAACUUUCACUCUUAUUUUUAAAAAAAAAAUUUGAAGAGUACUUCCACUAAGCAAUACGAUUUUGUUGGAUGUUAAGGAAAUAUAAAAUGUGCAUAUUUUUCAUUUGAGUCGAACAAUCAGUUAUUCAAUAACAUAGUUUUAAGUUAUCUAGGUUUAGUAAACCUGGCCAUUAAAAAAGCAAAUUAUCUACCCUUAGCUAAAAAUCUACCCUAUUUUAAUCUUAAAUCUAAAGAUAUCUUUUGUUAUUUAAGUACUUUGUUCACUGAGCUGCCGCCACUUGCGUAUAAAUCGAAAUCUUGAACCAUCUUUUUCUUUAAUACAGCCUUCAUUCUUUUGAAUGUACGCUACAAGUUGUUAAUAGGUCUUUUGUGAUAUGCUCAUAGCUGUUUUUAAUACUGUGUGAUGGAAGAGUUUUGUAUCUGAAUGAUAAACUCUCAAUUUCAUCCCACAAGUGCUUAAUAGGGUUGAGAUCUGGGCAUUUUAAAGGCCAGGAAAACAAAGUGAAGUUUCCAUCACAUUUCUUAUGCUAAUUCUUUACAAUAUCAGCAGUGUGGUGAGGGUGUUAUCCUGUUGAAAGUACUAUACUCCCCAUUGAAAUUUAUCAUCAUUACAUAAUGUACUCCAUCGACGACAAUAUUUAGGUAUUACGUCUAUACAAUCUAAAAGUAAUGAUUUUAAAACAGGAGAUAAGCCCUAUAGUAGUAAGAGUGAGAUACUUCUUAGCAUUAAACUAUGAGGUAGUCAUUUAGUGGCCGCUCAGCUCAGAGUUCUAUUAAAAAUUUUGAUUAUGAUAAAUUAAACUUGACAGAAGUGAAAAUGCUGUUAAAUUUAUAAAUCUCAUUGUUGAAUAUGUUAACAUGUAGGCUUUUGUGAUAUUUCAUAUAAGUUGGAUUAGAAUUAAAAUUCAAUUCUACAGCAUUCAAUUCUUACACAAUUUUCUUGUGUAUUAUUUAGUUCCUAUUCUUUAGUUUUCACUAAUUGUAGUUAUCUAACUACAAUUAGUGAAAAUUACUUAAAUAUGUAAAAUAGACACUAACUUGCAUAUGGUGUCUCCAUAUACUUAAGAUUUGACAUUUCAAAUAUGAAUAUAUGUAUGCGAAAUAUUUGAUGAAUAAUUUAAUUUUAUUGCUAACUAAUCUUAUCUAUUGCUUUUGUACUCUUGGCGAUGUUUGCCUGACUUCUACAAAUGUAAUCAUUUGACUGACUUCUACAAAUAUAAUUAUUCCUAUUCCUUUAAAAUAUUUCAUGAGCUUUUAUUCUUUUGUGUAUCUAAAACUGUUCUUUUCAAAAUGUUAUAUCCCUUUCUUCUGUGCAAAUUUUCCUUUUAUAUUAAGCUUUUAACUGUAUUAAUAUUUCUAAACUAAAUAUUCAACUUCGUAAAAUAUUUUAUAUAGUUGCAAACAAAAUCAGUGAUGCUUUUUUUUUUAAGAAAUUUAAUAAUGUUUAUUUAUAGUUAGCUUUUUUUGUUAUAUUUUGUGAUAGAGAAUGGUAUUUCUGCAUUUAAAAUGUACACAAGUGACUAAAAAAGUUUUUUCAGUGCCUUUCGAAUUCCACCCUUUCUGUAGAUAAAUGUUAUUCAAAUAACGUGAACUGCUAAACCUGUAAAAUAAUUUAUAAAUAUAUACAUGUUGCAUAUAGCACUACGCUAACCAAUUCAUGUUUUCAAUAUUAAAAAGAAAAUGUAGCAAUAUUUCUUUGUAAAUUGUAUAAAGACAGAGAAUUUGUAUAAAGUUAUUUGCUAUGUUCUAUUCUGUGUUUUGGAGAGAGUUUUAUUUGAAAUUUAUUUGAAAAAUAAAAAAUAAAUACUUGAAA